AAUGACGAUUCAUACCAUUAUUAUAAUUUAUAAUAGUAAAUUAAAAAUAGCUCAUAAACUUUAAGGCUCUUAAAACUGUUUCUGCAUCCAUAAACAACAAUCCUACAGCUAUUUCUGAAAAAAUUAGAUCUUAUAUUUGCAGUAAACCUCGCAGAAGAUCAAAAUUGAAAAACAUCUCCUAGAAAACUAAAUCUACCCAAUCAAUAUUAGAUUAAUGUUUAUGUCUCUUAAAGUUUAAUUAUGGAGAUGGGCUAUAAUUUGAUAAAGAACAC